UUUUUACGUACGCAAAAAGAAGCGUCACGUUAUAGGUCAGUCCAAUGAACUUCAGCGUUCCACUCGCCAGAGACAUAAGAUGGCGACCGCGGAACCGGAUACCAAUACAAAUCCACCCCAACCUUCUGAAGAUGGACCUGAGGAGACUGGGCAGGAGGUUGUGAGCCCUGAGAGCUAUAUAAAACACCCUCUCCAAAACAGAUGGUCUCUCUGGUUCUUUAAGAAUGACAAGAGCAAAACGUGGCAGGCCAACCUCCGCCUUAUCUCCAAGUUUGACACAGUUGAGGAUUUCUGGGCCCUUUAUAAUCAUAUUCAGUUGUCAAGCAACCUGCUGUCUGGUUGUGACUACUCAUUGUUUAAGGAUGGCAUUGAGCCCAUGUGGGAGGAUGAGAGGAACAAGCGUGGAGGGCGCUGGCUGAUCACACUGAACAAGCAACAGAGGAGACAGGAAUUGGACCGCUUCUGGCUGGAAACGCUACUCUGCCUUGUAGGAGAGGCAUUUGAUGAUUACAGUGAUGAGGUCUGUGGAGCAGUGGUCAACAUCCGUACAAAAGGAGACAAACUUGCCAUCUGGACGGCAGACUACGAGAACAGAGACGCUAUCACACAUAUAGGGAGAGUGUAUAAGGAACGCUUGGGAAUCCCAAUGAAGAUGACCAUUGGCUAUCAAUCUCAUGCUGACACAGCCACAAAGAGUGGCUCCACCACCAAGAACAAGUUUGUGGUUUGAAAAAUAUCUUGUGCCUAUAGUUUAUUUUUUUGAAAAAAGUCUCCUUUUUGUUGUGGGGGCUUGUUUACUUCACUGCAAGAACUGCGAGAUACAAUCUAGAGAAGAAGAAAAAAUAUAUAUAGACCAUAAACCAAAGCUUCAUCUGAAAUGGACCUGUACUGAAAUCCAGGAUAAACACUUGUGUGCAGAUUCACAAUUUCUCUGGAACAAUAUCUCAACUUGCCAAUGCCCUUAAUUCACAUGUCGUACAGGUGAACAUGCAACCGUAAAAAUUUAAACAAAAAGACGUAAGAGAAAAGUAUGUAUUAACAGAUGUUAAUGUUCAACGUGCUCUUAUAUUGGGAAAGUAGUUGUGAUUUAUUUAAUGGCAGGGAAUUUAUCCGAAAUGUAAUGCAAAAACAUUUGUGUGCCCUUUAUACAGCAUUAUUAUUAUUAUUGCUGUAAUCUUUAAUAAUGUUAAACCAUUUUAAUUUAUUAUACAAAUUUGCCUGUUUUAGUCGUUGUUCAAUGCUAUAGCCUUAAACAAUUAGAACAUGCUGUCGAGCUAAUCAACUUUUUUUUCAUAGAAUUUUAAAAUUAUUAUAACUUUGGUUUUGCAAUUCAAUAUAAGCGGUUUAUAUUGUGGGAUACUUUGCAAUUGGAAAUGUGUACAUUCCUUGAAGGAAAGAGUUUGAUAUUUGACUUACAGUGACACUGUAUUCCAAUGCAUCCAUUUAUUAGUGAUUGGAUUUGAUCUCAUUUGAUUUUUUGCUUACAAUGGAAGAAUUGUAUUAAGAGUCUUUUAAAGUGUUUUGUGACUUUAGCUCUUUUUAAUCUAAGAAUAAACAAAACUUAUUUUUGAUUCCCAGUCAGAUUGUGUGCAUAGUUGCUGUUUCUAAUAUCUUGGAUAUAGACUAAAAUUGUAUGUGUUUUUAAAUUUAUGAAAACAAAGUAACCCUUUAAAGGGAGCGCAUUUUGCGACAAGGUAUUUCAGCCUAGGCUAACCUAAGUUUUAUUCACAACAGCUUCUGGACGUGCCAGUCUGUAACAGAGCCUACAAGGCUGAUGGAGCACUGCUAAAUGGCAAUAAGCCUGUGGUGAAAAGAUAUAUAGUGUCUCAUGUUGGGUGGUUUUUACUAUUUAUGUAAGAUUUUGUCUUGUCUGUCGCCCGUUACAUAAGUGUACCUCCUAGCAUUAUGUUAAUAUCAUUUUAAAUACUUAAAGCUUGGUGCUUUAUGCACUUCAAUAUUACCACUGAAGUGUUUCUUUAUAGGAAAUUGAAAACCUAUGUCAAGGAAAAUUUCCAGAUUUGUCAUUGAUGGAACCGUCCUGUCAGAUUUAAGUUACAUUUUCCAUAAUUUCCACUAGAGGGUGAUGUUAUUUCAUUUUUGUGCAAACAGCCUGUCUUACUUAAAUAUAUAUGUAAAUUAAAGCUUUAAUAGGUAAAUU